AUGCACAAUAUUUUUAAAAGUGACGUGUCUGUGUAUUUUGAUUUAUUCUUAGUUUAUAUUUUCAUACAUUUAUCUGUGUGUUCAUCAAUUGAUGAUGGGAACUGCAUUGCUCCUCCACUGGAAUGUCCUAAUAAAAAUAUAACAUUCUGGUUAUAUACAAGGGCGAACCGAGACAAACCUCAUGAAUUAAAAUUCUCUGAACCAAAAUCUAUUGAUAUGGCCCCAUGGGUUCCUAAUGCACCAAUCAAAAUCAUCAUUCAUGGCUAUACGGGUGACAGAAAUUACUCGCCAAACAAGGAAAUUCGACCAGCGUAUUUAGAAUGCUGUGAUUAUAAUAUUAUCGCAGUGGAUUACAAUCCUAUUGCACGAGAACCAUGUUAUGUGGAAGCCGCUUUUAAUACUGAAUUAAUUGGGAAAUGUUCUGCUCAAUUAAUUGAUGAGAUAGUCUUCAACCACGGUAUUGACCUGUCCAGGAUUCACGUCAUAGGCUUCAGUCUCGGAGCCCACAUCGGUGGAUUUAUAGCCAGUAACAUCAAAUCUGGAAGAUUAGAGCGGCUUACGGGGCUGGAUCCAGCGUUACCAUUUUUUGCAACGGUUAAUGUUACGAGAAAAAUAGACCCAAGUGAUGGGAAAUUAGUCGACAUUCUUCAUACAAAUGCAUUACAGAAGGGUAAACUUGAAAUAAGUGGGCACGUUGAUUUCUUUGCAAAUGGUGGUAUGACGCAACCUGGAUGCAAAGCCGACGCUGACCUUACAAAAUCGGGUUGUGAACACGCAAGAGCUCCAGCGUACUUCGCAGAGUCAAUAACUACGCAAGUGGGUUUUUAUGGAACUAAAUGUUACUCAUGGAUAGCCUAUAUAUUAGGAUGGUGUGACAUAGUCGGCUCCGAUGAAGAUGUUUUAUUUGGCGAGUACAUGCCUAAAAACGCAUCCGGUUUAUACUUCUUCAACACCAACGCUGAGCCACCUUAUAGUCGCGGAAGGAACAACAAAACAACUUCAAUGAUAAUUUAA